GCCAUUACUGAAUAACAAGAUGGCCAAGAAGGGUGAUAAGAAGAAGGGCCGUUCCACUAUGGACGAUGUAGUCACUCGUGAAUAUACGAUACAUUUGCAUAAGCGAAUCCAUGGAAUUGGUUUUAAAAGGAGAGCACCUCGUGCUGUGAAAGAAGUUAGAAAAUUUGCUGAAAAGAUGAUGGGCACUCCAGAUGUGCGAAUUGAUACAAGAUUGAACAAACAUGUCUGGUCCCAAGGAGUAAGGUGA